CUCCGACCGAGCCCCGCGAAAACAACAAUCACACCCAACCUUCACUUCAUCCCUCACCAUUCAACGCGCAACCAACGGGGUCCCCAGCUCUCAACAACAGCCAACGGCCCGAACAGAGAUUUCCAGCCUUUCCGCAAUCAGGAACGAGAAUAUCCGCUUACGAAGCUUGCCCUGGAUUUUGAAGUCAUCGGAUCAAUCAAUCAAUCAACCCCACACCGCAAUUGCACUGCAUUCACCGAGGUGCAGUCCCGUCAACGCCGAGUCCAUCCCGGUCCGCAUUUCAAGCUCAGGAACGGCCGAGCUGUGCCCGAACCCGAACCCGGAGCCGGAGCCGGAGCCGGACCUCGCUAGUCCCACAUUUCCGGAUAAUCAGCCCCUGAACACCGGCAACCAAACAACCACACCCGGCCACGCACCCCGGGGCCAACUUCACCAACGCAACAAUGACAACCCUCAACACCCCCAACUUCAACGCCCCCUCCCCCUCCUCACCCCCUCGGUCCCAGACCUCUUCGCCCAUCUCACCAAAGUCGACAACCCCCCUCCCCUCCAUCACCACCAACCUCAACCCUGCUCCUCCCCUCACCAACGAAUCCCAGUCCCCCUCUGACGAAGACGACGACCUACCCGACCUCCCCUUCCCAACCGCCCUCCCCCGCCCUUCCUUCCUCACCCCCUCCUUCUCCCCCCUCGCCUACCUCGACUCCCUCUACGCCUCCCCCUCUUCUUCAGACCCCUCCUCCGAUCCCUCCUCCCACCCUUUCUCCCUAGGCCUAGGCCAACGCCACCAAACCCUCCCCGACCUCCGGCACGAGCUCCACACCCGCUCUUUAUCCAUCAGUUCCGAACUCCUGGAACUAGUCAACGCCAAUUAUACCUCCUUUUUGUCGCUGGGGGAUGAACUAAAGGGGGGAGAAGAGAGGGUUGAAGAUAUCAGGAUGGGGGUGUUGGGGUUUCGGAGGGCCGUGGAGGAGGUGCGGCAGAGAGUAAAAGAAAAGAGGGGGGAGGUGGGGGGGCUGGUGAGGGAGUUGGGGACGGUGAGGGGGGCGGUGGAGUUUGGGAGGGGGGUGUUGGAGUGGGGGGAGAGGGUGGAGGGGUUGGAACUGAAGUUGAAUCUAGAGAAGUCGGGGGGAACUGGGAUGGGAGGGGCAGGAGUGGAAGGGUGGAUGGUGAAAAGGGGUAUUACGUCUGCUGGUGGGCUGGAGAAAGAAGAGAUGGGGCUGGGGGAAGAAGAUGAUGAAUACGAAGGGUGGGAUGAUGGAUCGGAGGAUUUCAAGGAGGAAUUAGUGGUGCUUGCCUCCGAUGACAACAACACCGAAGAGGACGAUGAAGAAGAAAGGGAGGGGUUCGUGGCGAGUAGUCCUGCGGAAUUGGAGGCCCUUGCGAAGGAGUAUGUCAGGAUUGAGCAGAUGGUGGAUAGGCUGGGUGGUCAUGAGGUGCCGUUUGUGAGGAAGAUGGAGGAAAGGAUGGUUAGGUGCCGGAAUACUAUCCUGUUGGACUUGAGUACGGCGUUGAAGGAGGCGAGGAGGGCGGGGGAGAGGGGGAAGAAGAGGGUGGUUAGGUAUUUGGGGGUUUAUAGGGUUUUGGACGCGGAGCAGGAGGCUGUAAGGGCGUUGAAGGAGAAAUAGGCGGCAGUGGAGGAUGAUGGUUGAGUACGGUUUAUGUAAUAGGAGGCCGCUGCCCGGAGUUAAAAGUACAGUUCUGAGAACACAUAAUACACAUAAUAGACAUACACAUAGAGACAAGCAUAAGGGUAUACCUGUUACAAACCGCUCCAUUUUGCCAUUAUAAUACAUGCCUAUGAUACAAGGAAAUCUAGCCCACACCCCGUCAUAUACAUCUUACAUGGCCGACUCCAAAUCCUCGGGCUUGAUCUUGUCGU